CCCUCAUCGGCAGCUCGGCGCUCGGGUGGCGGAAGUGACGUCCAGGCGCCGCAGCCAAGCGCCGAGCGGGGCUGAUGCAACCGGGAGCAGCCGCCGCUAUGGAGCCCGCGCUUGGUCCGCAAGAGAAAUAUCACCUCAUCACCCGGAACCUGCAGGAGGUGCUGGGGGAGGACAAGCUCAUGGGCAUCCUGAAGGAGCGGGAGUUGAAGAUCUACUGGGGAACGGCCACCACGGGCAAGCCGCACGUGGCUUAUUUCGUGCCCAUGUCCAAGAUCGCGGAUUUCCUCAAGGCCGGGUGCGAGGUGACGAUACUCUUCGCUGACCUCCACGCUUACCUGGACAACAUGAAGGCUCCCUGGGAGCUGCUGGAGCUGCGCACCCGCUAUUAUGAGAACGUGAUCAAAGCCAUGCUGGAGAGCAUUGGGGUGCCCCUGGAAAAGCUCAAGUUUGUCCGGGGCACCGACUACCAGCUCAGCAAGGAGUACACGCUGGACGUGUACCGCCUCUCGUCCGUGGUGACGCAGCACGACGCCAAGAAGGCAGGAGCGGAGGUGGUGAAGCAGGUGGAGCACCCUUUGCUCAGCGGUUUGCUGUACCCAGGCCUGCAGGCGCUGGAUGAGGAGUACCUGAAGGUGGACGCGCAGUUUGGAGGAGUUGAUCAGCGGAAGAUCUUCACCUUUGCAGAGAAGUACCUGCCUUCCCUGGGCUAUGCCAAACGCGUCCAUUUGAUGAAUCCGAUGGUUCCCGGUCUGACAGGCAGCAAAAUGAGCUCGUCAGAAGAGGACUCAAAGAUUGAUCUUCUGGACCGCAAGGAGGAUGUGAAGAAGAAGCUGAAGAAGGCUUUCUGCGAGCCAGGGAACGUGGAGAACAACGGCGUCCUCUCCUUCAUCAAGCACGUCCUCUUUCCCCUCAAGUCAGAAUUUGUGGUUCUGCGAGAAGAAAAAUGGGGAGGAAACAAAACCUACACAGAGUACGAGGCCCUGGAGAAAGACUUUGCUGACCAGGUUGUGCAUCCUGGAGACCUGAAGAACUCGGUGGAGGUUGCCCUGAACAAACUGCUUGACCCCAUCAGAGAGAAAUUCAACAGCCCGGAGCUGAAGAAGCUGACGAGCGCAGCGUAUCCCAACGCGGCCAAAGCCAAGCCUGCAGAGAAGAGCACCAAGAACUCGGAGCCAGAGAACGUGGACCCAUCCCGGCUGGACAUCCGCGUUGGCAAAGUGAUCAGCGUGGAAAAGCACCCGGACGCAGACAGCCUGUAUGUGGAGAAGAUCGAUGUGGGCGAGCCGGAGCCCCGCACGGUGGUCAGUGGCCUGGUGCAGUUUGUCCCCAGGGAGCAGCUGCAGGACCGGCUGGUGGUGCUGCUCUGCAACCUCAAGCCCCAGAAGAUGCGGGGUGUGGAGUCGCAGGGCAUGGUGCUGUGUGCCUCCAGCAUAGGGGAGCCGCGGCAGGUGGAGCCCCUGGACCCGCCGGCUGGGUGCUGCGCUGGGGAGCGUGUCUACGUGGAGGGGUAUGAGGACGGGGAGCCCGACGCCGAGCUCAAGCCGAAGAAAAAGGUCUUUGAGAAGCUGCAGGCCGAUUUCCGCAUCUCUGAGGAUUGUGUCGCCCAGUGGAAGCAGAAAAACUUCCUGACCAAGCUGGGGAGCAUCUCCUGUAAAAGCCUGAAGGGAGGGAGCAUCAGCUAACAAGUGACGGUGCUGCAGCUCCUGCCUGGUCCCCUCCACCACCUCUGCUCCCAGUCCUGCCAUCUCCCCCCAGUGCCCCGUGCAGGGGCCUCAGCCUGUGGGACCUGGGGGCUCUGGGACUGAAUCUGCAGCCUGGGGAGCUGCCCCCGCUGUCCCCUGGGCCGGCUCAGCUGGCAACUGUGGGGGACUGGCGGUGACACCGCACCCAAGGGACCUGUGUGACUUGUGCCCAUGGCCUCGGGCUGGAUGCUGGGGCCAUCGCUGCGCUCCUGGUUGUGCCACGGACCGGGACGGCGGGUGCUGCGGUGAGGGCAAAAAGGGAAAGCUGCUUGCUCAAACUGGUGUUGCUGCUAACGGAGCUGAGGACAACCGGGGGUCCCCUGCUCUGCCCAGGGACCCCCCAUUCAUGCUUCCCUGGGGCUGGUGCUGCCCUUUGGCCAGGAGCCCAGCAGCUCCGUCCUGAGCCUGUGGGGAGGCUGUGGGGGGUGUGGGCCUUAAAAACUGACUCGGGAACCAUCUGUCUGUCAUAAACCCAAAUAAAAUGUCAGUCUGACUGUG